UCAACUCUCUUAUUAUUAUCAUAACCUAUGCCAACAAAAUCCAAACUAGGUUCUCUACACAUGGCGGCUUUAGGUCAAAUCUCCUCGGGAAUGACUGUAGAUCCUCAGAUUCUCUCCUCCUCCAGAAACAUUGGAGUUUCACUAUCACCACUCCGGCGAACACUAAUCGGCGCCGGAGGUAGGUCUACUAUCUCCUUCCGUCAAUGUUCUCUCUCCGUUAGAUCGAUUAAAAUCACCGAAGAUAACAGCAAAGUUAAAGCUUAUGCUGAUAACGGCGCUUUCGAUAUGGAAGUGUUGGAUUCUUCUUCAUCAUAUAGAUUGGCGGAUUCAAGAACAAGUAAUAAUGAUUCUAGGAGGAAGACUAAGAUUGUGUGUACGAUUGGACCGUCAUCGAGUUCUCGGGAGAUGAUUUGGAAGCUCGCGGAAGCGGGAAUGAAUGUGGCUCGUUUGAAUAUGUCUCAUGGUGAUCAUGCUUCUCAUCAGAAGACUAUUGAUUUAGUUAAGGAAUAUAAUUCUUUGUUUGUUGACAAAGCUAUUGCUAUUAUGUUGGAUACAAAGGGUCCUGAGGUUCGGAGCGGGGAUGUACCUCAGCCGAUAUUUCUUGAAGAGGGUCAAGAGUUUAAUUUUACUAUCAAGAGAGGUGUUUCGCUUAAGGACACUGUUAGUGUAAAUUAUGAUGAUUUUGUUAAUGAUGUUGAAGUUGGGGACAUACUUUUGGUGGAUGGUGGAAUGAUGUCGUUAGCUGUUAAAUCAAAGACGAGCGAUUUGGUGAAGUGUGUGGUUAUUGAUGGUGGAGAGCUUCAAUCUAGACGUCACUUGAAUGUUAGAGGAAAGAGUGCGACUCUUCCUUCCAUAACAGACAAAGAUUGGGAAGACAUAAAAUUUGGAGUGGACAACCAAGUCGAUUUCUAUGCCGUCUCCUUUGUUAAGGAUGCUAAAGUUGUCCAUGAGUUAAAGAACUAUCUCAAAACCUGCAGUGCGGAUAUAUCGGUGAUUGUGAAAAUUGAAAGCGCAGACUCUAUAAAGAAUCUUCCUUCUAUCAUAUCUGCUUGUGAUGGGGCGAUGGUUGCUCGUGGAGAUCUUGGAGCUGAACUUCCCAUUGAAGAGGUCCCGUUGUUACAGGAAGAGAUAAUCAGAAGGUGUAGAAGCAUCCAUAAACCUGUGAUUGUGGCCACAAACAUGCUAGAGAGUAUGAUUAAUCAUCCAACGCCUACAAGAGCUGAAGUCUCUGACAUUGCAAUUGCAGUACGUGAAGGUGCAGAUGCAAUCAUGCUUUCUGGUGAAACCGCACACGGAAAGUUUCCGCUGAAAGCUGUUAACGUAAUGCAUACUGUGGCGUUGAGAACUGAGGCAAGUCUACCUGUCAGAACCUCUGCAACCCGUACCACUGCUUACAAGGGUCACAUGGGCCAAAUGUUUGCUUUUCAUGCUUCUAUAAUGGCAAAUACACUGAGCUCACCGCUAAUUGUAUUCACGAGAACCGGAUCCAUGGCAGUGCUUCUAAGCCAUUACCGCCCAUCAGCAACAAUUUUCGCCUUCACAAACCAGAGAAGGAUAAUGCAAAGGUUGGCUCUUUAUCAAGGUGUCAUGCCUAUAUAUAUGGAGUUCUCGGAUGAUGCAGAAGAUACAUAUGCUCGGUCUCUGAAACUCUUACAGGACGAGCAUAUGCUCAAGGAAGGACAACAUGUAACUCUUGUCCAAAGCGGCUCGCAGCCCAUUUGGCGUGAAGAAUCAACACAUCUCAUACAAGUCCGUAAGAUAAAGAUAGGUGGAUGAUGUUUUUACUUCUUCAGCUACACAACAUCUUGAUUUUACUCGGCUUUCUUUCUCUUACACACUUUUAUCCAUAUUUUUUUGAAUCACUCACAGUGAAACAAACAACCAUAUAUAUU